GUCGUUACCCUAAGCGGAGAGUACAAUGUAUUUCUGCUGCUCUGCGUUCAGUGUUCUGUGCUAGCGCGCCAAGAUCAAGCGUUUGGUUCAUAGAGUUUUGUUUGGCUAGUUUGGUCCGCUGGUUUGAUCGUUGUUCGAAACGUUGUUGCCUCACGCGAUUGGCUUAGGCCCCGCGACGUUGUCAGGCGCGUCAGCGUUAGAGAAUAAAUCGAGAGGCGCAACCUUAGUUAGAUUUUAACGUUCCAACAACUCGCGCAGUUCCGAACACAACUAAUCGGCAAGCAUGUCAGCCACUUUCGUAAGAUGCCAGCCCCAAAGGAAAGAGUCUCAACUGCUGAUCAAAAACCUGGAACUACUGUGCAUAGAUCCGCUACAUGGUGCAGGAUUUAAAGAAGAAGACUUCCGAGGCAAGAAUGCUUCCACCACCAUUCAACACGUGCUUCAUGGUCUCUACUGUGCCUAUGACAAGAAGGCAGCACAAAAGAACUUGAAAAAAGUCUGGCCAGUCAAGCCUGGGGAGCCUGACAAAGAGUUCCGUGCAGCAAUUUUCACCUGGAUCUCAACACUGCAGGAGAACCCCAUUGCUGCCCCGUUCCUUCAAGGAUUCAGCGCAGCUCUCCUGCUGCGCCCAGGAACACCACAGUACUCAAUGUUCCUGACUGGGCUGUCCACCUUUGUGCUUCAAGACAGGCUAAAGGAUAAGAUAGAGCUGGCCAGUGACUUCAGUCAUGAAGCUUUGCCUCUAAAUGUUAUGAAGUUUUCCACGCAGGAAAAUAAGUCCAGCUGUGUCACUUCGCAAAAGCAACUCAGUGAAAUUGAAGCAGACUAUGCAGAUCAGGAAAGACACUUGAAAGAAUUGCUGUCGAACUUAAACCUGUCACUGCGGACAUUGAAAGCUGAGGUGGAGAAGCCUGAUGAGUCCUUUGAAAGGCUGACACAGAUCCAUAAGGAACUACGUGAUCAGAACGAACUGAUUUCGACAAGAAUGGGGCAAAUUGAAGAGCACUGUGCACUGAUGGAUGGAAUCAUUACAAUUAAUCUGGUUGGAGGACUUGAAAAGUGCAACGCAAUCAUCGACCAGUUUCUUAAAGGAUACGAUAAAAAAACCUGUGAAGAACAGCACCUCAGUGUAGCAAAGGCAAACGUGCACCUGGAUGCCAUGAAAAAGACUGUGGAACGCCUGCAAGUGCAGAGAGAAACCUUGGAACGUAUGAAGGCAGACGUUAAACAACGCUUGGAUGAGGCCAUCAAGAACUUGCCCGCAGAAAUGGUGGCUGGAAAGGGUGUGAAGACAACAACCAGUAUCACGAGGCCACAAGUCAAUGUGGAAGACUUCAUUGAUAGACUUUCAGCUGCCUUCAGAAACCGUAGCAGCAGACAUAACUGAUCAUAACUGUUGUUCUUCUUAUGAGAAAAGUAUUUUCCUAUGCCAUCUGUGUAAGAAGCCCUGCCUACUGAAGUGUUCAUAGCCGGUGCAAAGAAAAGGACAAUACAAAAACUUGCUUUUC